AUGUUUAUGAUUAUGGUGUCAGACUGCAAGUUUGGCAUUGGCGCGGGUUUCUUUAGUCAGGUUGAAUGUCAGUGCUGUGGAGACCCCAGCUCCAGGUUGCAGAAAUUUGCUCAGGCCCUGACAGACAGCACGACAGCAGACAGCCCAUUAGUACGACAGCAGACAGCCCAUUACACGGGAAGGAAGGGCCCCGGGAAGGAGCGCGCUUACUGCCCGCCCGGCCGCCCGGCCUCCCGGCCGCCCGGCCUGCCUCCCGGCCGCUCGGCCGCCCGGCCGCCCGGCCUGCCUCCCGGCCGCCCGGCCGCCCUGCCUGCCUGCCUGCCUGCCAGCCAGCCCGGCCGUCCGCCCGCCAGCCGCGCGCCUGCCGCCCGCUGCUCUUUUCAGGCGCGCCUUGGGCCUCCGGAGCAGCUUUGCCUGGCCUGGCCGAGGCGCCUUGGGGACGUCCACGCUUGUUCACCUAACUUCCAGCCCCCCUCCCCCAAGCAAACAGAGGCUCCGGGGACACUUGAACCAAGAGCCCCCGCAGCCCGGGAGGGACCAGCAGCCCGAGGUCCAGGCAGAGUGGGCAGAGCCUUUCAGAUACUGGUGGAAGGGCUUGCCAGCAGUGCUCCCCCCCCCCAGUUGGCCCCCACCAGGGUCUUAGCUCAGGGGCUCCCGAGGGACCGGCUUAGCUUUCCCACCAGGCCCCAGCUGCUCCCGCCAAGCCUCCCUCCUGCCAUGAAGCGCUCCCCUAGGCUGCCACCGCCCGUGAGGCCCACUCCCUCACCCCCAGUAUCAGGAGCCCGUAGGAGGCGGGUUCGAUGCCGCAAAUGUGAGGCCUGCGUGCAGGGAGAGUGUGGUGUGUGCCGAUACUGCCGGGACAUGAAGAAGUUUGGGGGGCCCGGCCGCAUGAAGCAGUCCUGUGUCCUCCGCCAGUGUUUGGCCCCCCGACUGCCCUACUCUGUCACUUGUUCUCUCUGUGGCGAGGUGGAUCAAAAUGAGGAGACACAGGACUUUGAGAAGAAACUGAUGGAAUGUUGUAUCUGCAAUGAGGUUGUUCAUCCUGGUUGCCUGCAGAUGGAUGGGGAAGGACUGCUUAAUGAUGAACUGCCAAAUUGCUGGGAGUGCCCAAAGUGCUACCAGCCGGAUAACCCAGAGAAAGUGCAGAGGCGGAAAAUGGAUGAUGGUGAUGAGGGUGUGGUCCAAGCCAAAGUUCUCCGGCCUCUUCGGAGCCGUGAGGAGCCAAUCAUUCAGCAGCCUCCUCACUCAUCCACUACCAUGCUGCAGCUCAUACAUGACCCAGGGCCCCCUCAUACUAUGGUGACCCGAUCGUCCCCAGGAGCUGGCCCCAGUGACCACCACAGUGCCAGCAGGGAUGAACGCUUCAAAAGAAGGCAACUUCGGCUCCAGGCCACGCAGAGAGAAAAGGAGAACAAUCCCAGUGGCAAGAAAGAGCUAUCUGAAGUAGAGAAGGUCAGAAUUCGUGGGACGUAUCUAAUGGUCACACCACAGAGGCCCAAUAAAGAGCUUCAGGGAACUUCCAUUGUGCCCAAGCUGCAGGCCAUCACAGCUUCCUCUGCCAACCUCCAUCAUUCUCCCCGGGUACUGGUACAGCACUGUCCAGCUCUGACUCCCCAGCUGAGAGAUGAAGAUGACCUGGGCAGAGAGCAGGACUUUGAUGAUGAUGACGAUGACGACGAUGAUGAUGAGGAGGAUGAGGAUGAUGACGAGGAGGAGGAAACUGCGGAGGAGGAGAGUGCAGAGGAGGAGGAGAGUGCAGAGGAGGAGGGCGAGGUAGCCACAACAAACAGCCAGGGCAGCUGGACACAGGAUGAAGAGGAAAGCUGGAUGCAAAGGGAGAUCUGGCUAUCUGUCUUCCGUUAUCUCAACCGCAGAGAACUUUGUGAAUGUAUGAGGGUAUGUAAGACAUGGUAUAAAUGGUGCUGUGACAAGAGACUCUGGACAAAAAUUGAUUUGAGCAGGUGUAAGGCCAUUGUCCCCCAGGCACUGAGUGGCAUUAUCAAGAGGCAGCCAGUGAGCCUUGACCUCAGUUGGACCAACAUCUCCAAAAAGCAGCUGACAUGGCUUGUCAAUAGGCUUCCAGGCCUGAAAGACCUCCUCCUAGCAGGCUGUUCUUGGUCUGCAGUCUCUGCCCUCAGCACCUCCAGCUGCCCCCUUCUCAGGACCCUUGACCUUCGAUGGGCAGUAGGAAUCAAGGACCCUCAGAUUCGAGACUUGUUGACCCCACCAACUGAUAAGCCUGGUCACGACAAUCGCAGCAAGCUCCGAAACAUGACAGAUUUUCGGCUGGCUGGCCUAGAUAUUACUGAUGCCACACUUCGACUCAUCAUUCGCCACAUGCCCCUUCUGUCACGACUUGACCUCAGUCACUGCAGCUACCUUACAGAUCAGUCACCAAAUCUACUAACAGCUGUUGGCUCUUCCACACGCAACUCCCUCACAGAAAUCAAUAUGGCAGGUUGCAAUAAGUUGACAGACCAGUCUCUGUUGUAUCUACGACGAAUCUCUAAUGUCACCUUGAUUGACCUUCGAGGCUGCAAGCAGAUCACCCGGAAGGCCUGUGAGCAUUUCAUCUCAGACCUGUCCAUCAACAACCUCUACUGCCUGUCUGAUGAGAAGUUGAUCCAGAAGAUCAGCUAAAAUCCAUCCAAUCAGAGACUGAAAAGGAAAAGAAUCCUUUUCCCUGCUCCUCCACAGAGGAGAGCUUCCCUCCCCUAUUCUGCAUGGGCUUCAAGGCCAGCAUCACACUCCCUCUACCUUUCCAUCCCUGUCCCCUCCCACCAUAGCAGGAUUGGGGUAGAGAGGGUAUUCCUGCUAUUAUGUCCUACUCUGACUGAGCACAAGGAUGACCUGCCUGCUCCCUUCUCUCCCUCAUUCCCUUCCUCCUUCCUUCCCUCCCUCUAAUGAAAAAGGGAAAAAAAAUCACAGGAGGUGCCCAUUUGAAGACCAAGCUCAUAGUUUGGGGGUGCUGUGCCAACUUAAUCUGUAUAGAAUCCCCCUCCAC